AUGGCUUUGAUCAGCUCACCACCCACUUGUCCCUUUUCGAAUCAAGAAAAUGAAGCCAUGGACCCUGUGAUACGCUGUCAUUACAAUUACACUGGAAAGCUUGACCGAGGGAAAGAAAAAGGACUGACAACUAUUGCACUUCUAAUCAUCUGUAGUUUUAUCAUCUUGGAGAACCUGAUGGUUCUGAUUGCCAUCUGGAAGAACAACAAAUUUCACAAUCGCAUGUACUUUUUCAUUGGCAAUCUUGCCCUCUGUGACCUGCUGGCUGGGAUAGUCUACAAAGUAAACAUCCUGAUGUCAGGAAAUAAGACUCUGACCCUCUCUUUCAGGAUCUGGUUUGUUCGGGAAGGAAGCAUGUUUGUAGCCCUGGGUGCUUCCACUUUCAGCUUAUUAGCCAUCGCUAUCGAGCGACACUUGACAAUGAUCAAAAUGAGGCCAUAUGACGCUAAUAAAAAGUACAGAGUCUUUCUGCUCAUUGGAACAUGCUGGCUUAUCUCAGUUUCCUUGGGUGCUUUACCAAUCCUCGGUUGGAAUUGUAUUGGCAACCUAAAAGAUUGUUCCACUGUUCUACCACUGUAUUCCAAAAAGUAUGUGGCUUUUUGCAUCAUCAUAUUUAUAGCCAUUCUAGUGGCCAUUGUCAUCCUCUAUGCCCGCAUCUACAUCUUGGUUAAGUCCAGUAGCCGUAAUGUCACCAAUCACAGCAACUCAGAGAGGUCUAUGGCAUUGCUUAGGACUGUUGUGAUCGUUGUGGGAGUUUUCAUUGCCUGCUGGUCCCCGUUGUUUAUUCUGUUGCUGAUUGAUGUGGCAUGUGAUGUUAAGGAGUGUCUCAUUUUAUACCGAGAAGAUGGCUUUAUUGCCUUGGCAGUCCUAAAUUCAGCAAUGAACCCCAUCAUCUACACUCUGGCCAGCAAAGAAAUGCGUCGGGCUUUCUUCCGCCUUGUUUGUGGCUGCCUGGUGAAGGCCAAUGCCACAAUGUCUUUGCCCAUCCAGCCCACCCCAGAUCAGAGCCGAAGCAAAUCCAGCAGCAGCAACAACACACAGAAGCCCAAGAACGAAUUCCCACAGACUAAAAGUUCAUCAUGUAUUGCUGAAAAAAAUGAAUCUUCUUUUCACAAUGGAAACUUCUGCAAAUGAAGUCCACUAACUAACUGCAAACCAAGGAUUCUUCUGUGGCUUUUCAGAGCCAAGCUUUUUUUAGUGAGGUUUUUUCAUGCACUUAAAUCAUAGGGGGAAAACACUAACCAGUUACUUAAUCCAAAGUUUCUGGUUUUAGCACAAGAUGAUUUGGAUGGAGUCCGUUCCACGAGAAAUUGAGUCAGGAAAGCCCUUGGCUUCCUCUCAUAAUGUCUGUGUAAAGAAAAAUGGGAGAUUUGAUAUGGAUUUUCUUGAUGCAGUUUGAUCCAAACCAUAUAGGCAUUUGUGAAACAAUGCAGAAAUAAGGGUUGGUUAUGUUAUAUCAGUGAAUGAAAUCCAGUCUGCACCUAUGAUCAAUAUGUAUCUCUCAAUAGUUCAGAGGUGUUUGGUCCCCCCAUCCUCAUAUUUCCACCUCCUUUUUUCUCAGCCCACUCACUUCAAGCACAGUGUUUUCCUGACUUCUAUAUAGAACAUGGUUCUUAGGAUCUGUAUGCGCCAUCUCACCCAGGCUGAACUUUUGCUUUCUUCACCAUAUUUGAGGGCAAUGCUCAAGGGCCCUGUUUAACCUAGUGUGUGUGUGUUUAUAUAUGUCUGUACAUAUCUAUACUAGGACCCACAUGUUCACUGAACAUGGCAUACUCGGGUCCCUUCCACUGUGACUUGGAUGAAUAAGGAAAUCAUUUUCACUUUGGGUUGUGAAUGAUUUUCCCUUUAUAUAACUCAACAUUCUCCUAAUGGAGAAUUCUUUUAAUGGAGUCACACUAAAGCUAUUUAUUCCCAGAUUCUAAGGCUUGCUAUGUCAAAAAAUACAUACUUGGGAUAGAAUACGCUGGUUGCUAUACAAGGCUGUGCCAUAAACAUCACAUUAAGAAGAUAUUACAAAGGCAUACAUAGGAUCUUACACUGAUAUGCAUGCUAUGCCAAGAAUAUCUUUAGGGCUGAGGUAUGCCAUGCUAUGCUAGUCACGAAGUCACGUCCGACCCGUCGCGACCCCAUGGACAACACUCCCCCAGCCCUUCCUGUCCUCCACCAUCCCCCAGAGUCC